ACACAGUUGACACGACAAUGCCAUUUAUACGUAACUCUUUUAGUUACUUCAAAAGUGUAUCGUCAUCGGUAAUUACAAUCCAUUUAAAUGACGGAUAAAAAGUUAAUGUAUCAGAUAAAUAUUUGAUGAUCGACAUAGUUUUCGAACAAAAGCCACGGUCUGUAUUGGUGAUAUUUGGAAAUACUACUGUUGCCAUUUUGGUAGUAAAAAAUACUUCUCAGAAAAUUGUCUCACAGCUUAUAGAUUGGUAUGAAUUCGAUCACUUUAUUUAUGUUUGAAAAAGAAAGACUUUUUACAGGAUGAUUUGACUACAUUAUCAAAAACGACAAUAUGAAUUAUACUGGAUGAAUUGUUUGUUGGAGCAAAUGUAUUGUGGAACAAACUCAUUUGAAAAAAAAUGAUCAUGGGCCAAAUGUAUAUUGGAACAAUUACAAUUUAGACAAAACGUCCGUUUGCAUAAUUGUUUAAUGGAAAAUAAGGUGAUUGGAACAAAUGUCCAUUGGAACAAACCAUACUCUUGGAUAAAAGUGUCUUUGGAACAAAUGUCUCACGGAAUGAAAAAAUUGUGGAACAAAAGGUGAACUAUAAUCCAACACUGAAGUCUGAACACUACAAAAGUCAGAAUCAGUAGUAUACUCAUAGACUACAGUAGUAUACUUGUCUGUGGUCAGAAUGGUGUAGACAUACCAAGGUGAAAGUUAUAAUUAUGGAUUUCUCGUUUUCAUCAGUCAUCCAAAUCAAAUAUUAAAUAAGUUAUUCGUCUUUAUAUUUUUUGUUCAUCACUACAAAGUCUCUUACAGUUGAGGACAAUUAUUAUUUUCAAAUAUUCAAGAGACCAAAGUAUGUAUGGAUUCAGAAAUAGAGUAAAACUGAUUUUGCAAAGCAAAUGUAUUUCAAUUAGCACUAAUAAACCAAAGUUAAAAAUGAAUUCGUGCUCAGAUAUUUUGAAAGAGUUUGAAUCCGGUCCAUUAGAUUUGUACAGAAAUAAAUCUACUAUAGACUGGAAAAAAAUGAAAGUAUUUAUUGAAUCUGAACAAAUUUUGCGUUAUAAGAUGAAAGCGUGGAGUAUAUUUGAAUCUGAUCCAUUGUUUAAUCAUUCGGAUGAAACUUUAACAUUAGACGAACAACGACGUUUGGCAUUGAUGAGAAUGUAUAAAAUUGUUGAAAAAAAAGUAUUUCCAUUUGAUGAAAUAAUGUCUACCCCAAGACUGAGUAUGACAAAAAUGGUAACUAUGUUUCAAUAUUGUCCUUCUAUGGCUAUAAAAGUGGGGCUAACUUUUGACAUGUUUUCAAAUGUGAUUUUUGGGAUGGAUAAUGGCAGAAACUCAGAAAUCUAUCAAUUGGCAAUUGAGGGAAAGGUUCCUGGUUGUUUUGCUCUUACAGAAAUUUCUCAUGGUACAAACACAAAAGCAAUGAGAACUACAUGCACUUACGACAAUAAAAUAAAACAAUUUAUUAUGCAUACGCCUGAUUUUGAGGCUGCCAAAUGUUGGGUUGGGAGUUUAGGAAAGUCUAGUACACAUGCAAUAAUUUGGGCUAAACUGAUAAUGAGCAAUGGUGAUGAUCAUGGGUUACACGCUUUUGUGGUCAAAAUACGAGAUGUAAAAACUAUGUUACCAUAUUCGGGUGUCAUAGUUGGAGACUUAGGAGAAAAAGCAAAUUUAAACGGUGUUGAUAAUGGUUUCAUAAUGUUUGACAAUUAUCACAUACCAAAAGAAAGUUUACUGAGCAAAACAGGCGAUAUAAACGAUGAUGGCCAAUAUAUUUCACCGUUCAAAGACAAAUCAAAAAGAUUAGGUGCUUCAUUAGGCAGUUUAUCGGCAGGACGAUUAGGUAUAAUAAAUAUAUGUGUAUCUUACAUAACAAAAGCCGUUCCAAUUGCCAUAAGAUAUACCGCUGUAAGAAAACAGUUUGGUCCUACCGACGGUGAAGAACUUCCGGUGUUGGAGUACCAACUUGUGCAAUGUCGAUUGAUUCCAUUAUUAGCAGCUACUUAUGCUUUAAAAAUAUAUGGUGACUAUGUUGCCAGAAUGUAUGAAUCGUUCCUUUUUGAAAUGUUUUCAAAUAGUGGUUCUGAAAGGCUUCGAUUGUUAGGCGCUGAAAUUCAUGGAAUUUCCAGUUGUACUAAACCUGUAGCUGCAUGGACAGCUCGGGAUGCUAUACAGGAGUGCCGAGAAGCCUGUGGCGGACAUGGUUAUUUAAAAGCUGCUGGAUUUAACGAUCUACGCAGUGCAAAUGAUGCUAAUUGUACUUACGAAGGCGAUAAUAAUGUAUUAAUACAACAAACGAGCAAUUGGCUUUUGAAUAUUUGGUCAAAUUUAGCAAAUGGAAAUAAAAAUGCUUGUGAUACCCCUUUGGGUUCCAUUGAAUUUCUUAAACAAGCCAACUCUAUAUUGCGAGGAAAAUUUAUGAUUUCCAGAUUCGAUGAAGGCUUUAUUCAUACCAAUUUAUUGUCCUGUUUUCAAUGGAUAAUAUGUUAUUUGUUGGAACGAACAAGCGAAAGAGUCAAUUUAUUAAAAGCUCAAGGAGUGUGUAAAUUUACAGCUAAGAACGAAAGUCAAAUGUUUUUUGCUCGUGAUUUAUCGAUUGCUUUUGCUGAAUAUUUAAUCCUAAAACAAUUUAUUGAAACUACUACGUCGCCAGAUUUGGAUGAAUCUCACCGGUCUGUUCUUCAUAAAUUAGCAUCGCUGUAUGGAUUUUGGCUAAUUGAAAAACAUUUAUCUUUGAUGUAUGAAGGUAGCUAUGCUAACGGUCCAUUAGCAUCUGAGGUCAUCAAAGAAUCUAUAAUAAAUUUAAGUUCAAGCCUCCAAAAUGAAGCUGUUACUCUUGCUGAUGCGAUUGCACCACCUGAUUUCAUAUUGAAUUCUGUUUUGGGCGCUUCAAACGGAAAGGUUUAUGAAAAUUUAAAAAAUGCAUUGUGGAGACAGAAGUCUACAUUCGAAAGACCCGCUUGGUGGAAUGAGAUAUCAACAAGAUCAAAAUUAUAAGUUAUAAUUUAAAGUAUACAUAUAUGAAACAUGUAUACUAAUUUCAAAUUAAAUAUUUAACUUAUAAACCAUUUAAGAGCAUAGGAAAAAAACCAUUUAAGUCGCUUUUUUCAAAAUGGUGAUUUUGGGUUCAUAAUAUUAGUUUUGACGUAUGUACUGCAAUUUUAAAUAUGUUUUUCUUAUAUUUAUAAAAUAAGUAACUUUUCUGGUUUUUUCUAUCAAUAUCACUUGUUUUAAAUUUAAUAGUUAUAUUUUAUUAUUAUUGUUGUUAUUUUUACAAAAAUGUUAUUUCCAUACAAAGUAGUUAAAUAAAUAAAGCUCUUUAUAAUUUGUUUAA